AAGAAUAUAAAAUCCCUUUUUUUUUUCGUCAAGUCAUUGUGCCAUUUUCCUACCAUCAGCGUUUGGCUGAGAUGGCUGCUACAUUUUCACGUCUCGAUAACACGAUUGAAGUGGCUCUGUUGUUCUGCAUGCAGUUCAUGUUUUCACGAUGAAUUAGUUUUAAGGGACACGGGCCUGCCUGUUGUUUACUGGCCCGCGGGCUGGGCAAGAAAUAAGAAAGGCCGACCUUUUCAGAGAGGAUUGGGGCUGCUUUGUGCAGGGGCCGCAGCUGAAGGCGUGCUUUGUGAACUGCAGAAAAGUGCUUUGGAUUUAUGCUUCUCUACUCCAGCGGGCCUGGGCCGCAGACAGGAAGUCGGCUGUCAGUAUCGCGACCAAUCAGGUUACAAACAGUUUGACUGUAAACACGUCCAAGUCAUUCAGGCUCUUUAAAUAUUUUUACUGGAAAGGCUUUAAUUCGCGCCUAUGUUACGGUUUAGCGAUGAACGCAGACUUUUUAGCUAUCUGCUUCGGGGGGUAUUUCUGAGAAUUCAUACACAGAAUAACCACGUCUAGGGGGAAAGCUUGAAAGCUUUUUGACGUUUGUUUUCGUUGAUACACACCAGUCUAGUCUAAACUUCCCUGUUUCUGCUUCUUGUCCUGUUUUCUUCGGUGCUAUAACACGAUGGUUCGUGUUAUCUAUUACCCAUUAAACUCUUUUUAAAUAUGAGUAUCUCGACCCAUUACCUCAGGAGUUUUACAUGCAUACAUAUAUAUAUAUCGAUGAACGGGUAUCUACGGUAUACACUCGAUUGAAACAUGAGCAGUUCAUUUAUACAGGAGGAAAAGCGUUCGUGGACUGUUGAUAUAUUUAGUUUGAGUUUUCGUAAAAUGUGUCAGAGGUUCAUGCCGUAUGUAGAGUUUCUGCUUGGUAAGGUAGCUGCUAGAAAUAAAAAAAUAAGCGAAGUUUAGUCUUAAAACUAUUUGUUUCCAUGUACCUUUUUGGGAAUUCCGGUGCACUUAGAUUGCGGUAUUACACGUCUGAGCGGUAAAGCGUAUCGCAUUUAAAAUUAAACUUUACUGGUGCAUCCCUAACAGCAGGGUAAACUAUGAGUUGUAGUGCCUUUUAUUUUACUAGUGAAAGGUAAAUAUAGGAAAGACAUUUUCUGCAACUAGCCUGGAGGGAGAGUAUUCGUAGGGCGGGUUUUUGAAACAAGGUUAUUUAGCUGUUAAUGUAUAUAGUGGUAGCUGAGAUAUUCUAAUAAAUGCUAGAAAACAUUCCGGGGAUCAUUUUUUUUUUGUAUGCAAGUUUCAUUUCUGUGAAAGAGUUUGACGGUACAAGAAAAACACCAGACGACCAAGCGAUGAGAAAGUCAUGGUAAAAUUGGCGGUGUCCCCAGAUGGUAGUUCCAACUUCGAAGACUCUCAAAAUGCCAUAAAACAUGGAUGUUUGAGUGACAUGUAAACCAAGAAGCAGAGUUGACUUGUUUUUCUCCAAAACUGGUGAUUUGCCUCGUGCUGUACCAGUAGAUAAGGACAAAGAACGUUCACCACCUGUAGCUCCUCCUGCUGAUUGCUAAAGCUCGACAUGGUGUGUUUGCCCAGCUUAGUAUUCCUGAAAAUGAACAUGAUCGGAUAUGUAUAUUUUUAGAUGUGCGAUAAGACCAUGCCGGCCGAAGAACAGUCAGCUCCAUCUGCGCAAGAAGUAGAUCGGACACAAGUUGAACCGUUAGCAAAAGCAGAUCGAAUCAGUGGUCAUAGUGCUUCUUUGGAUCUUGCAGUCCCUGGACCGUCAACAGCACAGGCUAGACAGGGUUUCUGUAGCUGCUGUCAGGUUCUGUACAACAGUCUGGAACAGCAUAUUCUGAGUGCUCGACACAGGGACUUUGUGAGCAGCUCCAGGAGUCAUGUGGGUUCUGGCAGCCUUAUGGAACGGUUUCUGCAGGAUGUCAUGCAGCACCAUCCCUACAGAUACAAUGACAUCAGACCAACACAUGCUGACCUGCCAUCUUUGAGCACACCUCUGAUUCCUAAAGAAGAGCUUUCUGAGGUUUGUGGUGGCCCAGAGAAUGACCAGGAUACCGUCGGAACCCGCGAGGAGCUGCCCAGUUCGGAUGACGGGUCGUCCCAUUUUCUGCUAGUUGAGGAUGGUGACUUUGCCGAGGGAAAGGAAACUGAGGCGGGAAAGGGUUUCCAUGACAAAGCCCGAGGUAAAGCUCCAGCCAGGAGCAGCGCGGGGCUCUGCAACAAAUUCAAAAGGUCCAAGCUUAAGUCUCCGUUUCUUGAAGGCAGCUCUCCGACUCAGGGCUUUCUGCACAGGACUAGUGACAGUUCUGUUCCUGGCUUACCUCACACUGAGCCUUGCAGCUCCCAGGCUGUGCAGCAUGGGAAGGCUUUGGAAAAGAUCCCCGUUAAAGCAUGCUGCAGCUUUAAAGCUGAUGUCAGGACAGACCAACUGCAAAACAGAAGUAGCUAUACCCCUCCUUCAGUCCAUCCUAACUGUGUUCCUUCUGGCUCAGAUGGACAGCCUUUUGCUGUUUUGCAGGACAUGGCGAAGCCCUUUGGUAGCUGUUCUCAGGGAGAGACCAUCCAUUCUCAGUCAAAAUUCGAAGACGAGAUGGGAGGCCACCAAACUGCGCUGACAGUAGCAACAGUGAAGACCGAUACAAAAGAGCUGCCGUACUUUGCCACUCGCCGGGACCCUACACACUCUGACGAAGAGGACGGUGCAAUGGAGGAAACGAUUGAGGAGGUCAUUGAGAAGUACUGUUAUGGAGUGAGUGCGGGGAAGUCUGAUGUGGACGAAGACAGUUUUCAUUUAAGUCUUGGUUCAAUCACUAACCGUUAUUUCUCAGAUUCUGGAACCAGUUUCGAGUGGGAUACACCAAUGAAAGAAGCCCCCGAGCCACUUUCGUCCGAAGCAAAGGAUCUUGGGUGUCUCAUGAAAGUAUGCAUUGAUCUCGAAGACCCAAAGUACAACACGCAGCUAAACUGUGCUCUAAACCUUCGCUCGGAGACAGAGAGGAGUCAUGAAAAUCUGAAGGGUGAAGACACAGUAGAGCUUAAAGAACACAACGACGAUAAAGAUGUCCUACCCCCACUGCCUCACAUUCCUCAGUCUUUUGUUGGAAAAACGUGGUCCCAAGUUAUGCAUGAAGAUGACCUCAAGAUCGAAGCGCUCGUGAGAGAAUUUAGGGAAGGACACUUCCGAUGCUACUUCGACAGCGAAUCCUUGGCCAAGUUUGGAAGGAAGAGUAAAACCCGAAGGAACAAGGACGAGGCCACAAGGGAGACGCUCCCCAAGAGCAAUCUUGUGACCGGAACGGCAGAGUCAUUUCCCCUUUUGGAUGACGAAGAAGAGGAUUGCAACCAUUCCACUGUUUUCGUUCCUGUGUGCACCAGAGCUCUGAAGAAGAAGGCGGGCAGAAGAAUGUGGCGGCUGGCAUCCAGGUGCCAGGUGGUGAAGGUCAGCCACAGCACUCAGACGCCCACAUUGAGCUGCCCCGUGAUCAAGACCAAAGCGCCGACAAAAGACAAUGAGCUGCGUGAUGCGAAAGAAGUACCGAAUGGAUCGGGGUGGGAAAAGACGCCAGAAAUGAAAACCAGGUUAUGUGCGCUUAAAUUGCCCGAAACCUACAGCAAAAUCAUGAGUCCCGUGCAGCCGAAAACAGUGGUCUAUGUCCUCUCCUCCCCAGAGUCAGGACAGUGUACGUUAAAACCGCUCACUAUCAGAAGGACGGGGCGAAAGCGAAAAUCCACAGAAAGUGAAAGUGCCCUGAAAUACAAGUAUAAGAAGACUCCUUUAAAAUACUAUGACCCAUUGACCAACAGGAUUCUGAAGAUGCCGCCAAAGGGAAUAGGAGUAUGCAGGCCAAAAAAGUUUCCGCACGUGCGGCAGCUGUUUCGAAGCCUCAGCCCUGACAUCAACAAGGAGAAACAGUGUGGGGAGCAGAAGGAAACGUGGAGCUCCACCAAGGGGAAUCCCAACAGCAUUUCGGAUUUCUGCGCCUCCACCUCUGGCUCUUGCCUGGACAGUCGCAACGAAGAUGGGUUGAGCUCCAACGUGAGAGGUGACGGCCCUUCUGAGCAGGGGUCUUCGGCCUCGAGCAGGAGGCCAGCGUUCACGUCAAAAAGCAGGUCCUCUUUGUCGAGCAGCAGCAGGCUGAUUUUGGGCCCCUUGACUCCUUCCAAAGCUCAGAAGGAAGGUGUUGGGAUUUUGCCUUCACUCCAAAGUCAGACAACUGAAACGGUUAAUAUUGUCAGGACUAGAGCCACUAGGGGCCAAGCACAUAAACUAUCCGAACUGGAGACCAAGAGCUCAGGAGAGAAAUCUCUUGGUCCGGUAAAAGGACCACCGUUUUCGUAUAAAACCAGGAAGAUGCCUCGUAGACCAGUGUGUGAGAAAGUUUACAGGAGGACCGACUCCUCUGAUGAUAACGCCUCAAAGGGUCAGACCUCUAGACUGGGAGAGCAGAAACCAUCCAAGCGUUUUCUCUCAAGAGCAAAGUCAAAGAGCGCACCUCGGCCCAGUAGCAAAGCAAGGAAAACUAGUGAUGGGCCGAAAAAGUCUCUCAGAGCUCCCCUCGCAACAAAGUCAUCUCCAAAAGUCACAAAAAUGCGCGCGCAAAGUUUGAGAACUUCAGCCAGGGCAUCUGUCACACUGGAAGAACCUUUAAGGAGUCUCAGAUCUUCUUCUAGGAGAACCCUGAGAUUGAGAAACCGCUUGACCAAGAGGUAGAGUGUCCAUUUAAGGGCAAACAAGUAGACCAGAAAAACAAUUCGGCUGCGAGGUGCUUUUUGUUUUGGAGUUAGGAAAAACUCCUUGUUUAAUGCGGUUCCGGUUUCACAACAGAACUUAUUUGUGUAAAUUCUGGAAAGUACUGUUAAUGUUGUGGCUUAGCUGAAAGAAUUCUUUAGCUGAAAGAAGGAACUGCGAAGUAAAUCCGUUCUCUUUUUUUUUUCUUUUAUACAGCUAAUGUUAUUUAGGGUAAUGUUUUGCACAGUUUGACACCAGAAAAAGAUCAGAGUUUAUAGUUCUCUCUAGUUUUUUACAAGCUCAUUCAGGGUAUUUUUUGAGGUAUAUAUUAAAUAUUUUUCGCUAAGGUCUCUAUUUAAUAAUUAUUGUAUGUUGAAAUGUUUUUUUUGGCAUUAUUAUUUAGUAUUAAACUUCUUUUUCAUUUAUAUUUUGGUAUUUUCUGUAUUGAAUUGUUGGAUCGUGUUGGAUAAGUGGAUAAGUAAAUAACAUGCUAUUCAACACUAACAUAAAUUAACAAGCAGGGUUGAAUCAACACCAAUUUUUUCUGUUGCAACAUGAGUGAGGAUAAUGCUUUCUCAUGUCUCUUCUUAGACAGUUAGACAGUUGCACAUAGGACUGAUCCUGGCUUUGAGUCUGCACUAGGAAGUCCCAGAAAGUGGAUCAGUCUCAGCUAAGCACCUCAGUAAGGUUCAUGUACAUGAAUUAGUUUGAUUGCGGUGUAGGGUGUGAGCUCAGUUACUGGAUUUUAUAGAUGGUGGUCUCUGAACUAUAGACGAUUAAGAUCAUCUAGUCAAAUAUCAAAGCACCGGUACAGAAAAUAAUGAUGAUGAAACUUUAUUUGUCAUUCCCAGAACUGCUGAAAGUGUUUAAGAUAUAUAGAAUAUUAAGAAUGUCAAUAAAAGUAUAUACAUUAUGCAUUGAACUAUACAAAUCAAUUCUAAGCAAGAAAAUAUUUUUAUUAAUAUGAAAUAAAAUAUUAAGGAUUUGGAAAGGCUGAAAAAACAGUGUUAAAUUUGCAAUGUUAACAAUGUUAAUUUAUAGCUUUAAGAAAAUUAAGCAUGAAAAUUAAGAAGGUAUAUUGCAAAAGAGUCAUUAAUCUACUUUUAAAAACUGCAGCUAUAGUAAAGGAAAUGCAUCAGUCUAUUAAUAAAUUAAAUCAUUUGAGCUCUCUCAGUAAUUAAAACAGCAUCAUCAUGUUUUUUUCUCUACAUAAGGUUAAAACCAGGAGUGUUUUGUGUGAGCUAAGAACUUCCUUGGUACCUUUCAGCAUGACUCAAGGAUUGUGCACACAAUUUUAAAUAGAAUUUGUUCCUCAAAUACUGUUUGCAUAAACCUGUGUACUUUAGUCAAUAACCAUGCUAGCAGUGUUGCACUGUAAUCCACAGGCUGAUGUAUUACUGUAUUACGUUCAAACUUUGUCUUUAAUCGGUGCAUUGACUAAUAUGUUAAACAGGAAACUUUAAAAAGAAAUGGGCAUUAUCCCAGCCUUAAAAAUUACUGUUAAAAUGAUGGAAAGACAUUCCCAAACUAUGUUCUGGAGUUUUGUUUUUGAACUUUUAACAAGACCGUGGCAUAAUAUAUGUUGCACUUCAGGAAUAAAACAAAGUCUCCAUUCAGUUGCCACACAUCUAUUUAGGUUUCUGUACAUUUCCAAAGAAUAUUAAUGAGCGCUGCUGCGUUUCACCACAGUGCGACAGUUGCCUUUAUGUUAUACUUUUAUGUUUAGGUUCAUGCGCUGGGGUGAAACGCGGCCUCGCUCACUUUGUUUGAGCCAAUUCCUGUCGAUUUACGCGUGCACAACAGAAGAAUAAUCAUUUCUGUAGCCUGUCAAUGCUCCAUUUAGGCUGUACUUUCACUAUAAUAAUAAAAAGGCUUUAGAAAGGCCUCCUUGGUGCCUUCACAGGUGAAGGAGCUGGCAAAAGCCCAGCCGGAGCUCUAAAAUCCAGGGUGCGACCCUGGAUCAGGUUGCUAGCCAGCUCUGACGGAGCGUUUUCAAGCAGGAGGGUGGUUUGAAGUCUGGGCUCACAGUAGCCCCUCCAGAUGUUUGCUGGCGUACAAUGCCAUCAGUGAGGGAUGUGCCACCUGGCUCCGAGGGCAUGUACUGUAGAAGGCUUCACUUCCUCCUCUGUGUAAGGGAGGGUGGUAACCCUAAGCUAAGAGUGGAAGAAGGUCAGACUGCUUGUUCGACAUGGGGGUGGUAUAACAAAAGGGUGGCCGUAGAGGACACAGCUCAGUUUCUUCAGGAAAUGGGCUUUUUCCUGCUCAGUGCCGUUUAGUUCGGCGUGUUGUGUGCAUAAUUUCCCGCUUUUACAGGCCGUAACUUUCUCCCGCUUCACGCAGUCUGCGCUCGGAAGUGACACACGGACACAUGUGGUUUCCUUCCUCGGCUAGUCCUCUUAACAAACCGCAGACGUUUUUCAGACAGAAUCCCGCUGGCAAAGUUAGAGGAGUGAGUCAUCACAGCAGACUGACGAGGGUGUGGGUGUUUUUUGGGGAAGUGUGCUGUGGCCGUGAAGACACUCUUAGGCCCCAGGGAAUACUUAUAUACAGUAUGUGGCCUAUAACCCACACUGAUACGUGCAGUUCCUACGAAAUGUACUCCUCCCAGGAUUGUGAUGAAAGUGUGAUGGAAAACCCUUUAAAACCACACUGAAGCCACAGAUUUCUUAGAAAAUAUGCCCAGAUCGCACCCCGUGGUUCAAGGCCACUAUAACAGCUUACGU